AAUUGUUCAUUCAAGAUACCAAUAUGAGCUUCCUCACUAAGUGUGCAUGUAUACAAACUCCUAUAUAUACCCUUCAUACCACGCUAUGUUUACCCACAUAUUUUAUACCAUUCCUACUUAUAGCACACCUCUUUCUUUCCUAUGACUUCCUCCUUUCCAUUUUCACCCACCAGAAACUAUGGUCUGCCGUCAUGCAUGGUUUCCAACCAUGCUAGUGAUGGUUGUUCCUUUGGGCAACCUAGUUUCCCUAAGAAUAAGAAGAGUAGGGAGUUAAAUAUUGUGAGUGUAGCAACUGAUCUGCCUAUGGUUGUUCAAUCACCGUUGUGGAAGGAGGUGGCCCAGGAGCGGAAGUUGGCGGCAUGGACUAGCAUCCAGCAAGAACGGUGGGAAGGAGAACUUUGUGUCAACGGAGAGAUACCACAAUGGCUGAAUGGGACCUAUUUGAGGAACGGACCAGGGUUAUGGGACAUCGGAGACUACAACUUCCGCCACCUCUUCGAUGGUUACGCCACCCUCGUCGGCCUCCACUUUCAGAACGGCCACCUCAUGAUGGGUCACCGGCAAAUUGAAUCCGAUGCAUAUAAAGCCGCAAGAAAAAGCAACAAGCUUUGUUACCGUGAAUUUUCUGAAGUCCCGAAACAUGACAACUUCCUAGCAUAUAUCGGAGAUUUGGCCAAUCUAUUUUCCGGAGCAUCGCUAACUGAUAAUGCCAAUACUGGUGUUGUUCAGUUAGGAGAUGGCCGAGUGGUUUGUCUCACUGAAACAAUUAAAGGGUCCAUUGUGAUCGACCCCAGUAACUUAGAUACGUUAGGGAAGUUUGAGUACAGUGACUCGUUGGGUGGGUUAGUCCACUCUGCACAUCCUAUCGUGACUCAGUCGGAGUUUUUGACCUUGUUGCCGGAUCUAUUGAACCCUGGUUAUUUGGUGGCAAGGAUGGAGCCAGGAACAAAUGAAAGGAAGGUGAUUGGUCGGGUUGAUUGUCGUGGUGGCCCAUCUCCGGGAUGGGUCCAUUCUUUUCCGGUGACUGAACAUUAUGUGAUAGUGCCGGAGAUGCCAUUGAGGUAUUGUGCACAGAACUUGUUAAGAGCCGAACCCACACCAUUGUACAAGUUUGAGUGGCACCCUGAGUCCAAAGCGUUUAUGCACGUUAUGUGUAAAGCUAGUGGCAAAUUGGUGGCAAGUGUUGAAGUUCCUUUAUUUGUGACAUUUCACUUCAUCAACGCUUAUGAAGAGACAGAUGAAGAUGGAAGGGUAAUUGGAGUUGUAGCCGAUUGUUGUGAACAUAAUGCUGAUACUACUAUUCUUGACAAUCUCCGGCUUCAAAACCUUCGAUCAUGGUCUGGCGAGGAUGUUCUACCCGAUGCUAGGGUCGGGCGUUUUAAAAUACCAUUUGAUGGGAGCUCGAAUGGUGAAUUGGUAGAAGCUCUAAACCCUGAUGAACAUGGAAGGGGGAUGGAUAUGUGCAGCAUCAAUCCGGCUUAUUUAGGGAAGAAAUACAGAUAUGCGUAUGCUUGUGGUGCUCAACGGCCUUGUAAUUUCCCCAAUACCCUCACCAAGAUAGACUUAGAAAAGAAAAAAGCAAAGAACUGGUACGAUGAAGGCGCAGUGCCCUCUGAACCUUUUUUCGUUGCAAGACCUGGUGCAACAAAAGAAGAUGAUGGGGUCGUGAUUUCGAUGAUAAGUGAUAAAAAUGGUGAAGGGUACGCAUUAAUAUUAGACGCAUCAACAUUUGAAGAAAUCGCAAGAGCAAAGUUCCCUUAUGGGCUCCCAUAUGGACUUCAUGGAUGUUGGGUUCCCAAGUGUUAAGAAGGAAAUACCGGAAAAAAAAUGCGUAUCUAUAAGAACGGCAUUUUUUUUUACAUCUUAUUCGCCUAUUUUGUACGUAGGCAUGCAUACCUUGUUCAAAAGUAUAAUUAUAUGUCAUAGUUAGUGUACA